CCCAGAUUGAGAACCCGCGGACUCAAUGGCGGCAGGAGCAGGAGCGCAUGCUGAAGGAGUACCUUGUUGUGGCCCAGGAGGCCCUCAAAGCCAAGAAGGAGAUGUACCUGGUCAAGCAGCAGCGACUGGAGCUGGCUCAGCAGGAAAUGUUGCUCUUCCACGAGCUCUCUGAGGACAACCGCUCCAUCACCAGCACGCUCUCCGGCUCGUCCUCAAACGCGAAAUACGACCCCGACCAAAUAAAAGUGGAAAUAGCUUGUCGACGAGAGCGGCUGUCCAGACUGAAGCAGGAGCUGGCCCAGGUGAAGCAGGAGCUGCAGUAUAAGGAAAUGGGAGUGGAGACCCUGCAGGAGUGAGUGUUCCUCUGCCUCUGUGUCCCAGGCCCACCCUUCCUCCCAUGACCACCCUUCUCCUUCCUACAGCACUCUGCUCCCCACCCAGCCGCCUUUUCCCUUUUUUUAUCCCCUUUCACCCUCGGCGUCCAGUCUCUGUCCCUCUCUGCUUUGACUCUUUUCACUCUCCACGUUUUUUCUAUUUUAAAUAUCCCUUUUUCACUUCUGCAUCUCUUUCACAAGGCUCACAGACGCAGUUUGAUCACAUUAUGAGACAUAAUUUAGUUAAUCAAAGUGGACAAAUGAUGAGAUUUGAAGGCAAAAAGCUCUUCUGACCCAUAUAGAAAAUGAGAGGAUUUUCAUAGAAUAACACCCUCCUAUUUUAGAAAAGUUUCCUAUUUUCCUUUAGUUUGUGUUCAGACACAUAGCGUCUUUUGUGCUGGGAACAUUUCUGAGCUGUUCCAAAUUUCAUGUUAGAAUUAGAGGCUCCGCCUCUCGGAGGGGGGAGAAAAAAAAACGAGAGAGAGAGAGAGAGAGCGUUUGAGAAAAAGGCAAAUGGAGGGAGUUUUUUGAUGGA